CCCCAUGUUUUUCCUCUUUUAAAUUGAAUUGAAAACUUUUUAAUAGGGGGUGGAUAUAUUACUUUAACGUUUAAUACAUUUAUAUUUCUCAAGCACGUUUUUUUUUAGUUGAUAUUUAUUUUUUCCACGGUUCUGUUUUGGUCGUCCCACGCAGGCGCACUUUUGUUUACAUUAGCUAGGAAGACGAGCUAUGCUAGGUCGGGAAGAAAAUAAGGCCAUUUUGCAGGUUGCUGCGUUCAAAUAAGUGGAUUGAACGUCGGUUUUCAAAGUAAAAGCAAAACCUUUGUAGACUCCUUUAGGAUCACGAUGAUUGAGGUGGUGGCCUCCAUGGCGCGGGGCCCCGUCUUUCUGGCCGGGGAACUAAUGGAGUCUCUCAUUACCUUCAGGAAUCCUAUGUCACACUUCUCUACCUCUGCAAGCAGUGAGAUGUUGGCGUGGGCAAGUGCCCAGAUUCACUGUCAGUUCCACGCCAGUGAGAACCGGGUGAGCCUUCCAAGCCAGGGAAACAAGCAGGAUGUUCAGGCUGAAAGUGACACAGUACUCAUUCCAAGCAGAGGCGAGAGAGGGCAGUGUGUUCUGGACACACCACCCAAGAUCUUAUUCUGUGACCUAUGUCUGGAUCCAGGAGAGAGCAAAACCUAUUCAUAUAGUGAGGUAGUACCCAUCGAUGGCCCUCCCAGCUUCCGGGGCCAGGCGGUGAAGUAUGUCUACAAACUCACCAUCGGCUGUCAGAGGGUUAACUCUCCCAUUAAACUCCUCAGAGUUCCCUUUAGAGUUCUGGUUCUGCAGGGCAUGCCAGAACCCUCAUUCGCUCAGGACGAUGAAGUUUCUCCAUCAAACCCCUUCCUGGAGGAAGAGGAAGCAAGUCGGAGGGAUGCUCGGCCGUUGGAGAGGGCAUUAGACAUGCUCAUGGUCUCCACAUCUAGACGCUGCCCACACAUGUUUAAUAUCACUAAUGUUCGAGGAAAAGUGGCAAAGUUCUGCAUCUUCAAGACUGUUUACAGAUUAGGAGAGGACAUCAUCGGCACGUUUAACUUCUCCGAGGGGGACAUUCCCUGCUUGCAGUAUUCAGUGAGCCUCCAAAGUGAGGAGGAGAUACAGCAGGAGUACCAGAGGCGUCCUGGCCAGGCUCUCAGUGUGACGGGACACGGUCGUCAUUUGGAGUCUUGCCUGCACACGGCAUCUAGCCACUUCUCCCUCCAUGCCCCCCUUAACGUCACGCCAGGUUUCAGCACAGAUAUAGUUACCCUGAGGUGGCGUCUACACUUUGAAUUCGUUACGGCGCGGGAGCCCGUCGAGCUGCCCACUGUGCUUCGGAACGAGUCAAAAGUGACUGUGUGGACCGGGGCGGAGCACGUGGAAGUAGAUACCUUCAGCUGGGACCUGCCCAUCAAGAUCUUGCCCACCAACCCAGCUCUGGCAUCCUACGAGUCGCAGUUCACAGGAAGCAACAGCAUCAACAUUUGACUUCCACCUUUCAAGGCCAGAAAAUGGCACUUUUGACACAAAACAUAUCCCUUAUAAGGCACAAUGUCAUGUUUUUAGACUUUUACUUAAUUUCCUGUUCAUCAAAAUGAAGAUGAAGACGCUGACAGACUAAUGACUACCAACGGUAUAUGUGUAUGUUUAUUCAUCUUUUUUCAUUCAAAAUCCCAAUUGAACAAACAAUUUCCUCGUCAAGAUGAACAUUGCAUAUAAAUCAGUGGUUCUUAACCAGGGUUCGAUCGAACCCUAGGGGUUCGGUGAGUCGGCCUCAGGGGUUCGGUGGAACCUCCACUCAAGCCACACCCGACUCAUCGUGUACAUAAAAACUUCUCCCAAUCGGCAUAUUAGGGAUACGGCAACAGCAGAACCCAAACUGAUUUGCUGGUGUGUAAUUUGUUACGAGUUCAUGCACUGUGUUGGUUUUGUUCUUUGAAGAAGGUGAUGUUCAUGCACAGUUGUGCACCAGUGAAAGAUCAUAUAACUUUGUCUUGAAUAUGAAAAACAUUUUAUUUUUCACUAAAGUACGGUUUGGUGGUUGGGCAUAUAAAACUGGUGGGGUUCAGUACCUACAACAAGUUUAAGAACCACUGAUAUAAAUACAUGCUGAUUAAACAUUAGCACUUGACAUAUGUGAGGAAAACAGCAGGAAAAAAAUAAAAUAUAUUAAUGCUAUUUUCACAAAUGACUGCAAGAGGCUUUUUAAUGUAAUAAUAAACCAGUAUCAAAUUGCU